AUGGAUAAAGCUAUUGUAAAGGGUCUAAAUGAUAAAUUAUAUGAGAAACGUAAGGCCACGGCGUUGAACUUGGAGAAGCUUGUGAAGGAAUGUCUGGCAGAGGAAGACUAUGAGCGGGUAGAUAAUAUUUUGGAUGAGCUUUGCCGGGAUUUUGCGUACGCUUUGCACCAGCCAAUGGCCAGAAAUGCAGGAUUGAUGGGCUUGGCAGCCUGUGCAAUUGCCCUGGGUUCAACUGAGGUUGCACGAUAUUUGGACCGUAUUUUGCCGCCUGUUUUAGCAUGCUUUGGUGACCAAAAUGACCAGGUUCGGUUCUACGCUUGUGAAAGUCUCUAUAACAUCGCCAAGAUCGCAAAGGGCGAGAUUCUAGUGUAUUUCAACGAGAUUUUCGAUGUGCUUUGCAAAAUAAGUGCAGACACAGAAACAUCCGUGAGAGGAGCAGCCGAGCUGCUGGACCGUCUUAUUAAAGACGUUGUCGCUGAAAGGGCCUCGAACUAUAUCAGUAUUGUCAACUACGAUCCCAAAGAUCUCCCCCCCUCAACCCGUACGGACCCUCAAACUGGCGAAGUUUUGCGUGAAGAAUACAAACAGGAGCCAGAACAUGCGUUUUCACUGCCCAAGUUCAUACCGCUCUUGACAGAGCGGAUAUACGCCAUCAAUCCUGAUACACGUAUGUUUCUCGUUUCUUGGCUACAAGUGCUCGAGAACAUUCCAGAUUUGGAACUAAUAUCGUAUCUGCCGUCUUUUUUGGGUGGACUUUUCACUUUUCUAGGCGACUCGCACAAGGACGUCAGAACCGUUACCCACUCACUCAUUGAUUUGCUAUUGCACGAGACGCAACGUAUCUCUGAGGUUAAAGCCCUCGUCCAAAAACGAGCAGCGGAUAAGGCGCAACAACGUAUAGCCAAUUCCGAUGAAGUAUCCUCCAUCAAGAAGCAAGAUGGUACAUUGAUAAGUGAGCGGAAGAAGUCACUACUGACCGCCUUCGAGCAACUAAGUAUGGUGAAAAACAAUGGUACGAGCAAGAGCAGAGUAUCUUCGAGCAACGAUGAAAAUAAACUUACCGAAAAUAGCGAUGUUACGGUAGGCGUCACAGAGCUCGAAAGGGCUGGCACUAAUUACGUGGAGGUGUCUGAUUCCUUGGACCAGGCUAAUGGUGAGCUCUAUUCGCCAGGUGAAGACGUUCACCUCGAUUACCCAAAAAUAAUUGAAAUUUUGAUCAAUACGUUAGGAUCUUCCGAACCAGAAAUUCAACUGGUGGUCCUGACCUGGAUCGAAACAAUUCUAGACAUCUGUCCCUCAGCCUUCUUACCGUUUUUAUCGAGACUACUUUCAUUGCUUUUGAAGAUACUGAACGAUGUUGAACCAAGGGUGAGAAAAUUGGCUCAGACUGUGAACGAAAAGCUUAUUGAUCUCACCGGUAAGUUCGAUUAUAACGACGGUCCAGAGGCCAUAAACUACGGCCCAAUUGUAAACACACUAACUCUGCACUUUUUGGAUAGUGACGUGGUUGCCAAAGUUGCUUGCCUAGAUUGGCUCAUUCUCAUAUAUCAUAAGGUCCCCAACCAGCUGCUUGAGCACAGCGACACAACAUUUUUUACACUACUGAAAUCACUUUCCGAUAGGGACAACCAGCUAGUGUCAAAAGCUCUGCAUUUGCUCAGCGACCUCUGCAAUAGUUCCAACGAAGGAUACUUUAGAAAGUUCGUCAAAGAUCUACUCCUCCUUUUCAAAAGCGAUGGCAGGCUUCUGAAAACCAGGGCAAAUCACAUCUUCCGGCAGCUUGGUAUAAAACUUUCGGCGGAGAGAGUUUACAAUGUGGUUUCAUCCAUUUUGGAGGAAGAAACAGACCUUUUGUUCGUUAGGAUGAUGAUUCAAAUUUUGAAUACCAAUCUCAUUACAGCACCUGAGCUUGAAAGGCUGCGAAGAAAAUUAAAGGCCGGUACCGACAAUGAGUUCUUUUGUUCACUUUUUAAAUGCUGGUCGCACAAUCCCACGUCACUUCUUGCUUUAUGCCUUCUUGCAGGCAAGUAUGAGCUCGCAUAUUACAUCCUGCAGACUUUUGUCGAGUAUGAGCUGUCAGUGAACGAUCUUGUCCAAAUUGACAUACUUGUUCAGUUACUAGAAUCUCCGGUUUUCACAAGUUUGAGACUACAAUUGCUGGAACAAGAGCGAUACCCAUAUCUUUACAAAUGUUUGUAUGGUAUCCUGAUGGUUCUACCUCAAUCCAAGGCGUUUCAAAUACUAAAUACUCGACUCGGUAGCGUCAGUACGCUAGCAGCGCGCAAGAUACCGCCCAGUCCAUUCUAUAAACCAAAGGAUGGAGGUAGCAAUGUCGGUGAGUCUUUGUCUACAGAAUCGGUUAACUCGACAGGAUCCAUGCACAAUAAGCGCAUCAAAUUCCAAAAUUUAUUAGAGCACUUCAAAGCUGUUUGCGAGGCCGAGCUGAGCUCACCAAAGGACACGGCUGUUGAUGAUGCACAGCUAGCCUUGUGGGACCCUGUUCUGACGCCAGAGUCAUUGUUUUUCAAUAAAAACCCGCCUGUUGACGGACCUGAGGAUGACAACGACACAGGUUCCGUAAUAUAUCGAGGAUAA